AUGGCUAGGCUGACCAAUGAAGAAGACGAUGAUAUGAUGAAGGCCGUUUUUAAUCUUUGUCAUAUGAAGCAUGUGCUUGUUGAUUCUACAAAAGACAUACAGAUAUUGGAGGAUACUAACCGCAAGUGUCUUAGUCAAAUUAGUACUAAAGACAAACGAAAAACAUUAUUAAUCAAAGAACAAGGAGAUGAAUGCAUUGUUAAUGUUGCCCAAGGCUUGCAUAGAAACCAACGACUACAACAGGAUCCUAAGAGAAAAGCUUUGCAAGUCACAGGACAAGAAGCCAUUUAUGCUGGACAAGGCUUAACAAACUCAAACGUAUGUCAAGGUUUGUUCUAUGGAAACUAUGCCCCUCCUAAUCUCCCACCAGUCCCACGCCUACGACAAUUUAUUGAAAUUUGCAGUCAGCCGUUUGAGAAGCAAUUAACAUUUAGUGAUGUGAAGGAUGACCAAUCAAGGCUAGCUAUGAGCAAAGAGGAUGUCCAAAAGCGCCUAAUGCCAUUGUUGAAUGAGAAUGAAGAUCUUAGACGAGGAAUCCAAGUCACAACUUAUGACUUGGAUGGUAAAGAGUAUCCCAUGGUGUUCAAAAUUUGGGUGGAAAAGAUUCAUGUCUUGACCGAAGGAUGGAAAGCUUUUUGCCAUGAUCAUAAGCUGGUUGAGAAGCAAGAUUUUGUGACCGUAUGGAUGUUUCGAAAUGCUGCAACCGGUAGCCUUUGCUUUGUAAUUGAUUUGAGAAGGCUGCCAGUGCUUGAAACCAUCAAGAGAAGAAGAACAAGGCGAAAUUGAGAUAUGCAGAUCACCACCAUGAAUCGAGAAAGGUCUAAUAGUCACUGACCCCUUCUAUGGUCAGAUUAGAGUAGGUUUUCUUAAAUGCCAUUUGAUUACUUGCAGUUUUGGUUUCAUGCAGU